GGUCCACCACCAGGCUAGACUUUGGUGUGCUCUUUUUCAGAAGGCAGUGGGGGGGCCCCAAGGAAGGGUUUCGAGGGGGUAAUGGUCGUUGGUGGCUGUGGGAGGAUGGACUGGAGGGAGAAUAGGGGGCUCUUGCCCAGUCCUGCAGGGCCGAGCGCCUGGACUCAGGGACUGGAGGCCCCGAAGGGAGCAGCGGGUGAGAGGGGCUGCGGAGGCUGCAAUCAUGGGCCUUGGGACGGAAGAAGAGGCCUGGAGCCUGGGAGGAUGAACCGCACCGGGGCAUGUCGACUUCAAGGGGCUGGUGGGCCGUCCCUGUCCUUGGAGGUGGGUCUGAAUGGGGGGCAGGAGGAGCUGGAGGCCGCAGGGAACCGUGACGGCGUUAAGCUAAACUCAGCACGCUGGAGGGCGGGAAUCACAUGUGAGCCCCAGGUCUCUCGGGCUCCUCCUCUGCGGCUCUCUGACGCUCAGUUUUCUCAUCUGUAAAACGGGUUGUUGUGAGGGUUCCGUCAGAUAACGCUGCUUGUGGAAGCGUCGCCUCCGACGGCCGCGUCCUCCGCCAGUGCGGGAGGGGGCGCCGCCCGGGCUGCGGGGACUGCACUGCCCCCUGGCGGCGUUCCCGGCCGGACAGGCGGGGCGUCGGGGCGCGGGCUGGGGCCGCUGUCAGUCAGUCCACUGGCUCCCGCGCCGCGUCUGUGUCCGUCGCUCGGAGGGUGAAAGCCGGGGUCUCGCGGGCCGCAGGCCGCAUGACUCCUCUCUGCCUCAAUUGCUCUGUCCUCCCUGGAGACCUGUACCCAGGGGGUGCAAGGAGCCCCAUGGCUUGCAAUGGCAGUGCGGCCAGGGGGCACUUUGACCCUGAGGACUUGAACCUGACUGACGAGGCACUGAGACUCAAGUACCUGGGGCCCCAGCAGACAGAGCUGUUCAUGCCCAUCUGUGCCACAUACCUGCUGAUCUUCGUGGUAGGCGCUGUGGGCAAUGGGCUGACCUGUCUGGUCAUCCUGCGCCACAAGGCCAUGCGCACGCCUACCAACUACUACCUCUUCAGCCUGGCCGUGUCGGACCUGCUGGUGCUGCUGGUGGGCCUGCCCCUGGAGCUCUAUGAGAUGUGGCACAACUACCCCUUCCUGCUGGGCGUUGGUGGCUGCUAUUUCCGCACGCUACUGUUUGAGAUGGUCUGCCUGGCCUCAGUGCUCAACGUCACUGCCCUGAGCGUGGAACGCUAUGUGGCCGUGGUGCACCCGCUCCAGGCCAGGUCCAUGGUGACGCGGGCCCAUGUGCGCCGAGUGCUUGGGGCCGUCUGGGGUCUUGCCAUGCUCUGCUCCCUGCCCAACACCAGCCUGCACGGCAUCCGGCAGCUGCACGUGCCCUGCCGCGGCCCAGUGCCAGACUCAGCUGUUUGCAUGCUGGUCCGCCCACGGGCCCUCUACAACAUUGUAGUGCAGACCACCGCGCUGCUCUUCUUCUGCCUGCCCAUGGCCAUCAUGAGCGUGCUCUACUUGCUCAUUGGGCUGCGACUGCGGCGGGAGAGGCUGCUGCUCAUGCAGGAGGCCAAGGGCAGGGGCUCUGCAGCAGCCAGGUCCAGAUACACCUGCAGGCUCCAGCAGCACGAUCGGGGCCGGAGACAAGUGACCAAGAUGCUGUUUGUCCUGGUCGUGGUGUUUGGCAUCUGCUGGGCCCCGUUCCACGCCGACCGCGUCAUGUGGAGCGUCGUGUCACAGUGGACAGAUGGCCUGCACCUGGCCUUCCAGCACGUGCACGUCAUCUCCGGCAUCUUCUUCUACCUGGGCUCGGCGGCCAACCCCGUGCUCUAUAGCCUCAUGUCCAGCCGCUUCCGAGAGACCUUCCAGGAGGCCCUGUGCCUCGGGGCCUGCUGCCAUCGCCUCAGACCCCGCCACAGCUCCCACAGCCUCAGCAGGAUGACCACAGGCAGCACCCUGUGUGAUGUGGGCUCCCUGGGCAGCUGGGUCCACCCCCUGGCUGGGAACGAUGGCCCAGAGGCGCAGCAAGAGACCGAUCCAUCCUGAGUGGAGCCUCAAAGUGGCUUCACCUGGAGGGGCCAGAGGGUCACCUGGAGCUGGGGAGACACAUCUGCCUUCCUCUGCAGGGAUGCCUUCACGUACUGUCCCUAGUUCAGCCUAGAAAUUCUGACCAGCACCUCAGUUUCCCUCAGAGGGAAACAGCAGGAGGAGGGAUCCCUGACUGCUGAGGACUCACACUGACCAGACGCCACACCUUGUGCUUCUUAUCCCUCCACUGCCACUCCCCCAGUUCAAAUCCUUACCCUGCAGAAAUAUCACAGUUAGCUGGGGCUCAGCAGUCCUCCCUCUGGGGACUCCCUGCCACCACUGCCAGUUUCUGAAACGGUCCCACUGGGUCCUCACUGUCCUUCCCAGUUCCUGUUCAGGUUCUGGCAGGGGCCCAGGGAUCCAGGGGACCUGGUUCCAAUCUCAGCCCUGCUGUCACCACCUUGUCAUGCGCCAUCAAGCAUAUCAGUCUACCUUUCUUUUUUUUUGAGACAGAGUCUCACUCUGUCGCCCAGGCUAGAGUGCAGUGGCGCGAUUUUGGCUCACUGCAACCUCCGCCUCCCGGGUUCAAGCGAUUCUCCUGCCUCAGCCUCCCGAGUAGCUGGGACUACAGGCGAGCCCCAGCAUGCCCAGCUAAUUUUUUUUAAUUUUUAGUAGAGACGGGGUUUCACCAUGUUGGCCAGGCUGGUCUCAAACUCUUGACCUCAGGUGAUCCGCCGACCUCGGCCUCCCAAAGUCCUCGGAUUACAGGCAUGAGGCACCACACCCGGCCAAUCAGUCCACCUUUCUAGGCCUUGGUUCCUUGCCUGAAAAAUGAAAGAGGCGCUGGCUUUCCACAGUGUCAUGCUUUGGCACUUUAGCUAUGGUUUUCUUUCUGUGUGUGUGUAAGCCACUGCUUAUAAUAAAACCAACAAUACCCUCA